UUUUGAAUUUUUUUCGCUGGUAUUUUUUUUAUAUCUUUGCCUCCCGCCGGCACUACCCAACGCUACCGACGGCGCUGUUUACUCCGGCGGAAUUACUGAAAUUCCAAAGUUAAUAGAAUCAAAUCGGCGGGUGUUGCUGGUGGAUUUCGUGCCCCGUCACAAUGCUGCACGAAUUGCUGCUUGCGCUGCUGGGUUACACCGGAGAUCUCAUAAUCGACGAGAGAGAACACCGGGUUUUCCUCCGCGUUAAUUUAUCCCCUGACGCGCCGCUCUCCGAUGAGCCGACGUUUAAGCUCGCACCUGAUGUUGACUUUGUUCAACCUUGUGAUAGGGAAGUUAUUGAGAGAGUUAUUACCUUAGGAUUUUACUACAGAGAGCUUGAACGUGUUGCUGCUAAAUCACGGAACUUGAGUUGGAUAAGAUCUUCGGGAGAGUCUCCUUUGUCAAGCGCAAUGGAAAUGUCGAAAGGGAAUAAAGCGCCUAGUGUGUAUAGGAGGGCACUGGCAAAUGGAAUCGUUGAAGUAUUGUCUGUUUACAGAUCUUGUGUUUUGCAAAUUGAGCAGAAGUUGUUGUCUGAUGCUCUGCCCAUCUUGGCAACUGUGACACAAGGACUCAAUAAGUUCUUUGUUUUGCUGCCACCUCUUUACGAGCUCAUUUUUGAGAUUGAGCGUGAUAACAUUUGUGGAGGAAAACUUCUCAAUCUUUUGCACAAACGUUGCCAUUGUGGGGUUCCUGAGUUGCAGAUGUGCAUUCAGAGGCUUUUAUGGCACGGGCAUCAAGUCAUGUAUAAUCAACUCACAUCAUGGAUGGUUUAUGGUAUCCUUCAUGACCAGUAUGGAGAAUUUUUCGUUAGGCAAGAGAGUGGUGAUUCAGACCGUGAGGCACCUGCAAAUAUACUUGAGAAGUUUGCCAGCAUGUCGACUAGUGAUGCAUCUCUGACUGAUUGGCAUCUAGGCUUCUAUAUUUCUCUGGAUAUGCUUCCUGAGUACAUCCCAAUGCACAUUGCUGAAUCUAUUCUAUUUGCUGGGAAAGCUAUCAGGGUUCUUCGAAAUCCAAGUCUUGCUGUCAAAUUUCAGGGCGCACCACCUCAUCAUCAGAUACAAAAAGGAUCACAGAGGGCUCCAGGACUUAUAGGUAGGCUUCCUCAACAGAGGGAAAGCUCUGUCCAAGCCAUAUUAACGGGAGAAGAAUUGCUUCCACAAACUGAGGCUGACAGAAUUGAAGCAAUGCUUCAAGACUUGAAGGAAUCAUCUGAGUUCCAUAAGAGAUCAUUUGAGACUGCGAUUGAAUCAAUCAAAUCUAUUGCAGCUAAUAAUCUUUGGCAGCUUGUUGUUGUGCGUGCUGACUUGAAUGGACACUUGAAAGCACUUAAAGAUUAUUUCCUUUUAGCAAAAGGUGAUUUUUUCCAGAGUUUUCUCGAGGAGAGUCGUCAGCUGAUGCGUCUACCACCUCGUCAAUCCACAGCUGAAGCUGAUCUUCUUGUUCCGUUUCAGUUAGCUGCAAUAAAGACUAUUGGCGACGAAGAUAAGUAUUUUUCCAGAGUGACUCUGCGAAUGCCAGGAGUCAUAGUUAAAUCCUCCCAUGUUGAGUUGCCAAAGGCAAGAGCCCAUUCUGAUGGGGAUUCUGGUGUCCCAUCAGAUGCUUCUGUGCGGACACCAAUUGAUGGUUGGGAUGGCAUUGCCCUUGAAUAUUCUAUUGACUGGCCUCUACAGUUGUUCUUUACCCAGGAAGUGCUCUCUAAGUAUCUCAGGAUCUUCCAGUACUUGCUUCGACUUAAACGGACUCAGAUGGAAUUGGAAAAGUCUUGGGCUUCUGCAAUGCAUCAAGAUCAUUCUGAGUUUGCCAAACGGCUCAACGAUGGUUUGAAGAACUCUCCGUCCCAACAGAGACGGCAACGAUUCAAGCCAAUGUGGCGUGUUAGAGAACACAUGGCCUUUUUAAUAAGAAAUCUUCAAUUCUAUAUUCAGGUGGACGUAAUCGAGUCUCAGUGGAAUGUUUUGCAGUCUCACAUUCAGAAUUCUCAUGAUUUUACUGAACUGGUGGGCUUCCAUCAAGAGUAUUUAUCUGCUUUAAUUUCACAAUCUUUCUUGGAUAUCGGUUCCGUGUCACGGAUUCUGGAUGGCAUAAUGAAACUCUGUUUGCAAUUUUGCUGGAUGAUCGAGAGUCAAGACAAUAAAGAAAGCACUGCAGAUCUGGAGCGCAUAGCUGAGGAAUUCAAUAAGAAAUCAAAUUCUUUAUACACUAUACUUCGCAGCAGCCGGAUUGCAGGCAGUCAGCGAGCUCCAUUCCUUCGGCGCUUCCUUUUGAGGCUCAAUUUCAAUUCUUUCUUUGAGGCAACUGCUCGUGGGGUUCUUAAUGUUGUAAAACCUCGGCCAACACUUGGCCUGCAAUGAUUCAAGGGUCUUGUUCUGUUCAUACAAUCCAUUCAGGUCACAACAUCGACAACUAUCCGUCCCAACUCGGUCUUUGUCUCGUUACAUGUUUUAAUUCCUCCCCCCCCCCCCCUCCCCCGUGUUUGUUUGUGGGUUUUAGUUUUUGGGUUUAGAUUCUUGAAUAGUAAAAAGUUGAAUUUGAAUAAUUGUUUGAUGUGAUAUAAAUAGAGGUUGAUGGA